GGGUCAUUCGAAGCUGAGGGGCCGGUUGGGCGCUCGCGGUGGCUGGCGGGAGGCGCCUGGGAUGCUGAGGAGAAAGAUGGACAAAAUGGCCAAGAGGCGGGCGCGGGAUGGUCGCGGCAGGAGUCCUCCGCCUAAGGUCUUCAUUAUGGAUGAGACAGUAGCUGAAUACAUAAGGAGAACUGUGCUGCGAAUCCCAUGCUCAGAAAUAGGAAAAAUGUUGGCCACAUGGGGGUUUCUGACUGAGACUCAGCUUCAGUCUUUAAAUAUUCAUCAAAAAAAGGAAAAGGUGUCCCAAGAAGUAGUGCAGCUUUGUGAGGAGAACUGUGCAACUAUCAAGCAUGCAGCAGAUCUAGACAUGAUUUAUAACUACACAUUCAGGGAAAAAAGGGUUUGGAGUGUUUACCAGAUGACUAGAGAAGAAGGUGAUGAAAAUUACUUUUUUGACUUGGUGGAUUUCAAAAAGAAAUUUAAAAGAAGUCUUCGGUCAGCUUUGAAAAAUGUAACUAUCAGCUUUAAAGAAUAUGAAGACAAUGCAAUAUGGAUUCGAAUUGCUUGGGGAACACAGUAUACAAAACCAAACCAAUACAAGCCAACCUAUGUUGUUUACCUGUCACAGACUCCUUAUAUCUUCAUAUCCAACUCUACGAAAAGGAGCUGUAUACCUUUGCUUUUUCAGGCCCUGUUGAUUGCUGCCCAUUACAGUGACACCCAUGAAAUGGACCUCCGAAGCCAUUGUUUAGAUUCCCUUAAAGAUAUUUUACUUAAGCGGUAUAGCCAGAGCUUUCAAACUCAUCACCCACAACCUCUAGAAGAAAAAAAUAGCACCUUGAAAAGUGUGGUUCCAGGGAUUAUUCAGGAAGAUAAACAUGAAAAGGAGAAAAUUCAGAGAAUUAAUCGGGAAGCUUUUGCUGAUGGUCCUCAGCCAAAAUUAGAGUUUGCACAAUACAAGCUUGAAACAAUGUUCAGAAGUGAACAAGAAAACGUCGUCUUGAAUAAUAAAGAGCCAUUUAGAUGCAUGGUCAAGUUUUCCAGUCCUCAUCUUUUAGAAGCACUGAAGUCCCUAGCACCUGCUGGGCUGGCAGAUGCUCCCCUUUCACCAUUACUUACUUGCAUCACCCAAAAAGCUAGGAAUUAUUUUAAAAUCAGAGAGAGAAAUGGUGCACUUUCACAAAGCUUUGCAGGCCAAUGACAUUUUUAAAAUAGACUAAAGAACAAAUAACUGUAUUUCUCCUGAUUGCUUAACUGUUCUAUUCUGCCGAAGAGACACCACAUGGAAUCUACUCUCCCAAGCAUUCUACAGUUGAAUUGAUCAAAUUACAAUAUGACAGAGCAAAUAAUCAUCUUGGCAGGUUAUAACCUGCUAGCUGGUGUGACCUGUUGACAAGAGUUGGUGUAUAAUUCCUGCACAGUGACUAGCUGAUCUCUUCCUUACCGUUGCACAUUAUAAUAGAAGCACGUCUUUGUGAUAAGCCAUGUGAGAAAGUUUUCAGAAACUCAGUAAACCACUAACUUUGCCUUUAGGGUGCUCAGUAGGUUAAACAAAGGGUGUUUUGCUAGUGAAAAUCCCCAUAUUCUUAAAAUGGUAUUGAAACAAAUGAACUUGACACUCGAUGAUCAGUUGAUUUUAAGUGUUUUAGCUAAUUGCUAUGUAAAUAGGUAUUUGAUCCGUGUAUGAUAAAACUUAGGCCUACUGAUUAAAUAAAGCUGACAAUUGUAUCUAAUUUUUCCACAAGUGUAAAUAACAAAGCAAUUACUUUUAAAGGCAGUUUGCGCUUAAUAGUGUGCUUAUCGAGAGAAUCAGAUCGCUUGUUAGCUAUCCAUAUGGUUAAAGUUUUUUAUCCCAAAAGCUAGUCAGGGUGAUAAAACACAUACAAAAAUCAGGCUAUGGAUAAUUAGACCACUUUUGAAACAGGCACCCCUGAAAUGACAAAGCACUAACCUAGAUUCAGCACACUGUGAAGUGUGAACAGGUAGUGGCUCUAUACGCUUUAAAUCAAAUGUGUGUGUGUGUGUGUGUGUGUGUGUUUGGUAAAUUAUCUGUUUUCCAAAGAAGGUUGGAAGACAGCAUAUUUUGGAGAAUUAAAGAUUUACUUCAAUCUUCUCUUUAACAGCAUGCCUAGUAGCCAUAGGCAACAAGGAAUUCCAUGCAGGCAAAUAAGUUGUGUGGUGGAGGAUGCAUCUUUCUUUCACUCUACCACCUGGUUUCCAUGCAGGCCAUGGAGAAAAUGAAGCCCAUCCCUCAGAUACAGCUAGUAAAAAAAAACCCUGUAGGCUAGUAACUUUGUAGGCUUAUUUAUCUUUUUUAAACUUGUAGGCUUAUUUAAUUUUUGUGAACCGCCCAGGGAGCUUCAGCUAUUGGGCGGUAUAAAAAUGCAAUCAAUAAAUAUCACAAGUGCAGAGAAAUUGAUACUUGCCAUUUAAAAGGGAAAUGAUACCAAUUAAUAUAAAAUCCAACUGGUAUAGCUAUUCCUUUUUCCUUAAUGAAAGCCUGUUUUAGAGUUUCUCCUUCUGUUCUAGUAUGGCUCAGUUCAGACAAC